GUUGUCAAGUUUGGAAUCUGGUCAUUCAAGAACUUGUCAAUGAAACAUGUCGGUAAUAUUUUAAGACAUGUCUGGAGGUUGAGAUGGCCAUUGAGGAACGGAUGGUUCGGUCAACGUGCUCCAGCUCAAAAUAGUUAGUCGACUUAGCUUCUCUUGCUAAUCUGGUUCCCCUGCUCGGCUGGUGAUGGAGCGGCUGACUUCCAGGCUCACGAACAAACACGUCCUUUUCUCGGCUUCCUUGGCUGUGCGACUCGCUUUGGUCGCUUAUGGAGACCACCAGGACCGGACUAUGGUGGUCAAGUACACCGACAUUGACUACCAUGUGUUCACCGAUGCUGCAAGGUUCAUCACUGAGGGUGAGUCGCCGUACAACAGGUCAACCUACCGCUACACUCCUCUGCUAGCCUGGCUUCUAACCCCCAACAUCUAUCUCAGCAUGGUGUUUGGCAAGAUCCUGUUUGUUUUAUGUGACGUCCUGUCCGGACUGCUCAUCUAUAGAAUCCUUCGCCUGCGAGGUCUGGACUCUGAGACUGCGCGUCGUGUUUCAUCUCUGUGGCUCCUCAACCCACUGCCCAUGGGAGUAUCCAGCCGAGGGAACGCUGAGUCCAUCCUGGCAGCCCUGGUGCUGGGGACAUUACUCUGUAUGGAAGGCCGGCGUCUCAUAUGGGCAGCUAUUCUGUACGGCCUGUCAGUCCAUAUGAAGAUCUACCCCAUUACAUAUGCUCUGCCCAUUGCUCUGACCCUGCGCACACCAGAGACCAGAGCAGAGAGGGACAGACAGAGUUGGAGGAGGUUUAUUGGGUUCAUUGGAAGCUUCCUCAACGCACAGCUGUUCCUCUUUGCGAGUGUGGCUGGGGGAGUUUUCUGUGUGCUCACAGCUCUCUUCUAUUACAUGUACGGUUGGGAGUUCCUUCAUGAGACCUAUUUGUACCAUCUGACCAGAAGGGACAUCAGACACAACUUCUCUCCAUACUUCUACAUGCUCUACCUCACUGCAGACAGCAGGUGGAGCCAGUGGCUUGGCCUGGCUGCCUUUAUCCCACAGCUCGUCUUGCUGUUGGCAGCAUCAUGGGCCUUUCACUCUGACCUGGCCUUUUCCUGUUUCCUCCACACAGCCAUCUUCGUCUCCUUCAACAAAGUCUGCACUUCACAGUACUUCCUGUGGUACCUGUGCUUACUCCCUCUGGUUAUCCCUCACCUGAGUCUGUCACUAAAACAGGGAGUGGGACUGCUGCUGCUCUGGUUUGCUGGACAGGGCAUUUGGUUGGGCCCAGCCUACUUCCUGGAGUUUGAGGGCUACAACACCUUCCUGUUGAUCUGGCUCGCUGGAUUGCUUUUCUUGAUCAUCAACUGCUUCAUCCUGAUUCAGAUCGUAGCCCACUACAAACCUACACAAACUCCACAGAGACUAAAGGUUGAAUAAUACUGAGGUGAUAUGAAUGUCUGUACACUGCUUCAAUAAGAAGAUUAUGGAUGUAAAUACAAAAAUAAAGUUAGUAUUUUGUUGAA